UUUGUAAUAUCGACGACUUGUUUUCCCUCGUCUCUCCAGGCAAAGAGAACCAAGAAGGUCGGAGUCGUAGGAAAGUAUGGUACUCGUUACGGUGCCUCACUUCGAAAAAUGGUUAAGAAAAUGGAAAUCACCCAGCACUCGAAGUACACAUGUGUCUUCUGCGGAAAAGUAAGUCUGACAUAACGAAGAAAAAUACAAAUUCGCUUGUUGGUGUGAGAACUCUCGAAAACUUUGCGAUCAUUCUAUAUCCUAGGUCUUGCACCAUACCAGAGUGAUUUGUAUUUUUCUCCAAAUCGGAUCAAAUGAUUCGCCUGCUGUUACAAUAUUUAUUACCAUAAAGCAUUUAAUUACGUACAUGAAAAAUGUCAACCCAAAGAAGAACACCACAAUUAAGUCGAAUGCUAGUUGUCAGUGUUAUGAAUGUCAGCUCUCUCCAUUCUCUUCGUGGUCGGAGUGAGGACACCUCAUAACAGCUGACAAACAGUGCUAUCUGAGUUGGAUAGCUACAUUUUUAAACCAUAUGUCUAGCGCUACAUUUGCAAUGAGUGAUUUUGAUAUUGCUGAUAGUGACAGAGGGCAGAAUUCUUGACAGUACGGUAUGUACCAGGACCCAGUUGUUCAAAAGAUGGAUAAAUUGCUAUCCAGUGGACAAGUGUCAACACAUCUUACUGUACCAUCAACUGGAUAGAGAUUUAUCCACUGGACAGUAUUAACCACCCUGUGAACAACCAGGGCUAGGUAUAAUGCCUAACUUGCCUACAAGCUCUUUGUGCCUCACUAGCUUUCACUUGUAAAAUCAGAAUUAGCUGGAUGCUUUCACAAGUCACUUAGAUUUAUUUUAAUGAUUUGCAUUUCCUACAAAUAAUAAAAUCUUCCUGCAUCUUGUUUCUUCUUCCAGGAAGCCCUGAAAAGGAAAUGUGUGGGAAUCUGGUAUUGUAGGGGAUGUGGAAAAACUGUUGCUGGAGGAGCUUGGGUUGUCAGGUGAGAAAGAAUACCCAUAAACUUUGGGUUCUGCUGUUAUCCCAAGCAUUGCUACAAACUGCAUAAAUGAUUCUUCAUUAAAAGGGGACUAAAAGCCAAUGGACUGUGACGACAUGUCUUUCUCCACACUCAUUUAUCUCCCACAGUGAAACUUGCAUUAAGCAGAUUCUUGAACUUAAGAGACUUUUGCACUUAGCAGACUCAAGUUGAGGUCUUACUGGUUUCUGCUUUGUGCAAAUUUCAAUUUUAUUUGUUCAGAAAUUAAUUGUCAAUUACUCUUAAUUUUGUCAUAUUAGUACUACUUCUACAUAUCUCAGAUUUGUAAAAGUACUCUUGUGUCAAACUUUGAAGAGCCUGCCAAUUACAGAAUCAAAAGUAGGAUACCCUCUUUUUCUGGUUAAGGUCUCCAUCUUAAGGGAAAUAGAGUGACAUUAGUUAGUCCAAAGUUUUCUUUGACCUAGACUGUUUUCAUAAUAAAAACUUCUCUGUGUUUUCUGAUGCACGAUGAUGAAAGCUUCUCUCUCUUUCAUUUUAGCACCACAGCUGCUGUGACAGUGAGAAGUGCAGUGCGUCGUCUCAGGGAAAUGCAGGAGACAUAA